AGGCGUGGUGUUGUCGUAGCCUACUCUAUUCCCAACAAGACAUGAAAUGAAACGCGCGCUAAGGAAUGUUGUGAAUUAAAUAUUUCUUAGAAUGUUAAAGCAAACGGAGCAGUUAUUUCGUUUACUAAGAAACUUAUCUAAAAUAUGAAUUUUGUGCCAUUUGGAUGGCUCUGCGAUAGGGACAUUUCGCAAACCAUAGCAAGCAAGCCAUUGUUUUUGUCUGUUGGACUUCUCCACAUCAAGAUCAACAAGCAACAGCUAUCGUUCACAUUCAGGCUUUCGAUUAGCUCAUAAGUUAUCACCUCUACGAUUGAAGAAACACCGGAAUAUCGACUAACGUUAGGUACUAUUUAACUAGCAACUAAGUUAACGUUAUUCCACGUUAACUUGCUAAUGGUAACGAGUACUCAGAGUGGUGGCUACCAAACGGCUAACAAUCUAGCUACGAGUGACGACAAUCCAAAGCAGCAAGACACAAGUGCCUCCAGCACUGAAGGUCCCCCUCUUCCCGAGUGUGACUCGUCCCCACGACGUCACAAAUGCGACCAUGGGAAAUAGCAGUGAAUAGGCGGCCACCACCUGCCCCCUUAAAUCAGAGGAGGUUCCUUGGGGAGCCCUGCAACACCCCUGUUCAUCUCAGGAGAAGCCCUCCAUUACGACGACAGUGGGGUCAACGAGAUCGGCCUGUCCUGCACGGCUCCCUACACCAGGAUGAGAACUUCCACCACUCGCUCUUCUCUCAGCAGCCGCAGCAUCAGCAGCAGCAGAUUCCUUUAGAUGAGUCUAGACAGUACAGCCAUACCAGCGCACCGCCACGUAUGCUCCACCCUGCCACGCACCCUCCUCAGCAGAGUCCCAUCAUGGUGGAUCUUCACGAGCAGAUGCACCAAGGAUCAGUCCCAAUAUCUUACACAGUUACCACGGUGACGACCCACGGUUUUCCUAUCCACACCGGGCAACCUAUCCCAGGGUGCAACACUCAGCAGCUCCCAGCAUGCUCGGUAAUGUUCAGCGGACAGCUCUCUCUGCUCUGCUGCCUUCCUCCUCCUCUAAUCCAAGCAUGUACAAUGCAGCAUUUGCCAGUGUCUUACCAAGCCUUCCCGCCACUCAUCUCCAGUGAGCAUUUUAUACUGCACCCCUCUCCACCUGUGCCCCCACACCAGCCACCACACCUUGCUCCUCUGAGCCAGUUUGUUCCCUUGCAGCCUCAGCAUCCGCGCAUGCCUCUGCAGAGGGUAGAAAAUGAAGUUGACCUAAGAGGGGACCAGCACCCCAUGGGGACUUUCUCCUAUCCUUCUGCACAUCAUCCACCAGCAAUGCCUCCCUCAAUGCCCCUGCAGUACCUUCCUCAAGAGCCACUUCACCAGGAACUGCCCUUUGGAGUGCCAUAUCCCCAUGUCCUGCCAAGGCGUGUCAAUGGACAGAGAUACAGGUUACAGCAGCCUUUGCCCCCGCCCCCUCCACCGCCCCCCUACUACCCUGGAUUCUUACCUUAUUUCCUCUCAAUGCUUCCAGUGCCUCCAACUGCAGUGGGCCCAGCCAUAAGUCUUGACCUGGAUGUGGAUGAUGUAGAGAUGGAGAACUAUGAGGCAUUGCUCAAUUUGGCCGAGAGACUUGGCGAGGCCAAACCGCGAGGACUCACUAAAGCCGACAUAGAACAGCUUCCGUCCUACCGGUUCAAUCCCGAGAACCACCAAUCUGAACAAACUCUGUGUGUUGUAUGCUUUAGCGAUUUUGAGUCAAGGCAGCUACUCCGAGUACUACCCUGUAACCACGAGUUUCAUGCUAAGUGUGUGGACAAAUGGUUAAAGACCAAUCGCACGUGUCCAAUCUGUCGAGCCGACGCCUCGGAGGCUCACCGGGACGUCGAUUGAGCCAGCUCCAAGUCCUGCAUUGGGGAAACAGCACAAAAAAAAACACAGGACGAAGAAGAACAAAAAAAAAACAACAAAAUGACAACACAACUGGAGCCUGUGACUGGGGAUGACUUGCCACCUAACCUGUGCUCUCCAGCCAAACUGAUACCAACAUCCCUCCCCCUCCCCCACCUCAACCAAUAAGCAAUCUUGGAUUUUGUAUGGAACGUGUUUGACCUCUGCUGUGCAUCGUCGUGUGAGUUUCAUCAACGCUACUGCCUACUAUAGCCACCAAUAGUUAUGGAAUUUAAU